AUGGAGAUCUUCUGUCGAAAUGUCCCAGAUCAGGUGCAGAACAACCACUUGACGCGACAAUUCAGACCUGUACUUGCACCCUUUGGCAUCCACUGUUUCCACUGCCGCAAGCUCCCCAACCGCAAUGCCAUUUUGACUAUUGGCGAUCUUAGUAAGGCCUUGAAGCUGCUUGCUACAUACGGUCGGAGCAGUGGCCCGGGGAGGGUGCGAAGACCUCCCAGACAACAACUGAGGAUGUUUGGGCAGGUCAUCGUCAUAGAACAGGGCCGCAAUACUCCAGACGAGUUUCUACUUCGCUCAUUAAAGAAUGAGGAAGAAACUAGGCUUGCGCGUGGAGCAAUAUCCAACAACGUACAGAACCAUCACCAAGCGCCGCCAGUUAAGCGAAUCAAGAGUUUUUCCAUCACCGCCAUGUCCUGUGGUAUGUGGGACUAUCACCAAGGCAAUCCAGUGUUUAUUGAGUGUUAUCGCUGUGGGAAGAAUGGCAAGAUCGCGUUUGGUAAAACCGCUGUUCGGGUUGCACUAGAAACGAUGCAAGAUGUGAUCUAUCACUUAGAGUUCACCUACUCUAAUAUCCUCGGAUCGAUCUACACGGGCACGAUCAACGCUCCCUCUAUUACUAUCACCGCUGAUACUGCUCCAAGAUUAUACAAGACUGAUCCAACAGAUGUGUUGGCGGCUGGACUUCAUGAUAUGCUUCAAAUCCAGCAAAAGUGGAUGCGAAAGCGUCCCCUAAAAACUAGGGUUGGCCAUUUCGGUGAUGAACACGAGGCUCUCGCCGGUACUUGCUUUGUCUACAGGUUUCUCCUGAAAAGUUCGGAUGAUCUAGUUGUCGUUCGAGAUCUUGCCAACGAGCGCCAUAUCCCUGACAUUGCCAGAUGGGUCGACCAUCGAGCAAAGUACGAUGUGCCUUACUCCACCUUAAUGCAGAGGUUCAUGGCUUUCUUAUCUCAGGAAAAUAUGCCAUAUCGCGUCAGGUUCCAAUUACAAAAGCUGGUGUGGAACGGUGACAUAUCUCCCGCCAAAGCGAUCUCAUUUGCAUCCCGUGUCCGAGCCACACUAGUCAUUGAAGAUCUGGAUAUUGUCGUUCGAGCGUUGAUGAGACUCUCGUCCGACGUGAAAUGGCCAUCCCCAGACGUGGAAGCCUCAGAGGUUGACGUACCCGCGCUGGUGGAGGUGUUCAAAAAUGCCCUUGAGAGCACCGCCCGCGAGCGCGAGAUGACCCGCUCCAACCGCCCCAUGAACCCCAAUCACAUCUCGAUCCACCGUGCUCAGAUUACUCCUUGCGGUACCUACCUUGAUGGGCCUCACGCGGAAACAAAGAAUCGAGUUUUGCGCCACUAUUCUAGCCACGUUGACCAUUUCCUCCGGGUUGAAUUUGUGGACGAAACCGGUGACCCUGUCCGAUAUGACCCUCGUGCAUCUAUCGAUAUGAUUUUUGAAUCUCGUUUCAAAACGGUCUUGAAAUCAGGAAUCAACAUAGCCGGUCGUAAAUUUGAGUUUCUUGGCUUUUCUCAUUCGUCACUGCGCUCUCAAACGUGCUGGUUCGUCGCCCCGUUUUAUAAGGACAGAAUUCUAUACAAUGCCUCGACUAUCAUUCAGAACCUGGGGAGGUUUGAUCAUAUACAAUCUCCAGCAAAGCAGGCUGCGAGAAUUGGACAGACAUUCUCUGAUACCCUGACUUCCAUCCCGAUAUCCGACAAGUAUAUUUCAAUAGGAAAAGAUGUGGAACGGAACGGACGGGUCUUUAGUGAUGGCGUCGGUGCUAAAGGAAUGAUAUCUCUUGAUAGCAGAAAAAAGGGUAAAUCGCUGGUUCUGAGACCAUCCAUGAUCAAAUUCCAUCUGCCAAAUUCGUAUAAUGCUUUCAAUAUCGAAAUAUGUGGAUCAGGACUAAAGCCGCUACCUUUCUUCCUCAAUGCCCAGAUGAUCAAGAUUCUCGAGGAUCUUGGCGUUGACGAAAGUGUGUUUUUGAGGUUGCAGGCAGAUGAAAUUUCACGACUCCGUGCUACGGCGACCUCGACGGCAAAGGCUGCUAGGUUUUUAGAAGACACAAAUAUAGCAAAGUCUGUAGGGCUACCGUGGCUUAUUAAUGUCCUGGAAGGCUUUGGGCUCCGUCACUCAAACGACGAAUUCCUACGUCGAGUGAUGGAGCUUUCUGUUCUGAUCAAGCUGCGAGAUCUAAAAUAUCGUGCUCGAAUCCGAGUGCCCAAUGCUGUGACACUCUUCGGUAUCAUGGAUGAGACUGGGAUCCUCAAGGAAGGGGAGGUAUUCUGCACAAGUUUGUCCGAUAAAGGAGUCAGGGAGGUGCUUGUGAAUCCUAGGGUCGUUGUGACUCGCUCGCCGGCCAUGCAUCCCGGGGACGUCCAAAUCGCAAGGGCUGUCGAUGUCCCCGCCGAUUCUCCUCUACGCCAACUCCACAACUGUAUCGCUUUCAGCCAGCACGGCCAUCGCGAUCUCCCCAGCAUGCUGAGUGGUGGUGAUCUAGACGGUGAUCUGUAUAACGUCAUAUUCGAUAAUACAUUACUUCCGAAGCGAAUCGCUCGACCGGCAGAGUAUCCUCGUGUCCAGGAAAAAGUUCUUGGUCGCACAGUCGUUAGAGAGGAUAUUAUAGAUUUUUUCGUGACGUUCAUGCAACAAGAUCAGCUGGGGAGAAUUGCUACAAUUCAUCAGGCGCUUGCCGAUCAACGGCCUCUUGGGACCUUUGAUCCGGAAUGCUUAUUGCUUGCGGAGCUACAUUCUACCGCCGUGGAUUUCUCAAAGACUGGGGUUCCAGUUGAUCUAGCACGUAUCCCCAAAUUCCCUAGCUGCCGUCCAGAUUUCCAGGCUCCCAGUCCCCGCAUCCGCAUUGCAGAAAAUCUAUCUCUACUGGAAGGAGAUAUGGAUGCAGUGCAAGAUGGUGGCGAUGAAGAUGACGACGAACGCCCGGCUGUAAGAUUCUACAAAAGUGAAAAUAUUCUGGGCAAACUAUACCGGUCCAUUGAUGAGGUGAAGUUCCUUCAACAUCGGCAAAGUGUCAUGGAGUUGCCGUCGGCGAUGUGUGCUCCUAGUGUACUCCGAGGCGUCUGGGAGUUUGUGCAAAGGGAAGCAGAGGGGUUUUUAUGGGAUCACCAUAUUGAGCAUGCGCUGGAUAUUCGGCAAAUUUACGAAGAUAACCUCUUGGAAAUCAUGGCUCGGUUCUCCUCCACUCCGUGGAAGAGCUCCAUCACCGAAUACGAAGUGUUCGUUGGCACUAUCCUGGGCCAUGGACAAAAACUCUCCCAGCGGCAGAAGGACUCGUCGAAGCAGAUGAGGGAGGAAUAUGAGGACCUCGUCCAAUUCGUCACCGCCCUGAUCCAAGACCGUGAGGCCGGUGGUGUGGAAUCACUCGAGCGUUCCAUAGCCUGCCUUUACAUCGCUGUCGAAGAAGAGAAGAAGGAUAACCACUCGUCACGGACUGCCUUCGGACCUAAACAUGAUUCGUCUGUUGCUCGUCACUAUCAUAAGUUGAAACAGCAACACCAGGAUCAAUUGGGACAUGGCUACGGGGCGGAUAAACAAGGUAGAAAGCACAGGCUACUCAGCUUCCCGUGGAUUGCGGCUAUUGUGUGUCUUAAAGAGGUCGAUAAGUUGCAGCGGACUAUGCCGUUCUAG